GCGAUCAAGUUAAUUUUGUUUCUGCUUUGUGCGCCUGUGUUCCAGUAAUUACUUUCCGUGUAGCAAAAAUGGCAGGCAAGGCCUCGAUCGCACUGUUCCUCGCCGUCAACCUGGCCGUGUUCGCCAUGGCCAGCGCCUGCGGUGGCAGCUGCCCAACGCCGUCGACCCCGUCGACGCCUACCCCAACGCCGGCCUCGUUCGGCAAGUGCCCCCGCGACGCGCUGAAGCUUGGCGUGUGCGCCAACGUGCUGGGCCUCAUCAAGGCCAAGAUCGGCGUGCCGCCCACCGAGCCCUGCUGCCCGCUGCUGGAAGGUCUCGUCGACCUCCAGGCCGCCGUGUGCCUCUGCACCGCCAUCAAGGGCAACAUCCUCGGCAUCAACCUCAACCUGCCAAUCGACGUCAGCCUCAUCCUCAACCACUGCGGCAAGACCGUGCCCACCGGGUUCAAGUGCCUCUAAGCAUUCUACCGCGUGCUCGAGAAUCGCGAUGUAUGCGGAUCGGAUGUCUUGACGUUUGAAUUCAGGUUUAUUUGGUUUGAGUACGAGCUAGCUGGUCUGCAUGCAUGACUGACUGGACGUGCUUCCAUGCAUGCAGUGGCAAAUGCGUACGCCUCGUUUGAUCACCUUUGCUUUAAUUUGUUGCUUAUUUCUUUUCCUGCACCAGUACAUGCCUGGGUCUGGAUUUAUUGGUUUUGUAUUCAGAACGCAUGAAUAAAGUUUGUCUGUUCAGUGCUUCACUA